UGCUUCUUUGUAUAAACCCAGCAGCUCUCGAGACUAGACUGAAAUUCACCAUGGCCGCUCGAAUAUUGCAGAAGCGAAUCGCCUCACUCCUCUCCCCCAAGCAGCCUUCUCUCUCCCAAGUUUUAAAAGAACAAUCUGUUCCUUCUGUGUCGUCUAUCUUCAGCAGAUUUCAGCUUGGGGAAAGAGAUAUUCAGUCUGAAACAAAGCCAGCUGAUCUUACCAAUGAGGAUUUCAAGUUUUCUGAUCUUGCAAAUGAGGAUCCUAAGAUUGAAAAUCACAAAGCUGAUGGUUUGAAGCCUAGUUAUGACUCAGAUGAUCAACUAUCUGAUUCAGAUUUUAAGUUUGCUUCUCUUGCAGAUGAGGAUCCUAAGAUUGAAAAUCACGAAGCUGAUGGUUUGAAGCCUAGUUGUGACUCAGAUGAUCAACAAUCUGAGUCAUCUCCUGGCAAACUCGUUGAUAUCAAAAUGCACGCUGAAUACAACUUGAAAUUAUCCCCGAGGCAUGACCUUUGUUUGAUCUUCACUUGCACAGUCUGUGACACAAGAACAAUGAAGACAGCUUCUAAAGAAGCAUACGAGAAAGGUGUGGUGGUGGCACGCUGUAGUGGGUGCAACAACCUCCACCUGAUGGCUGAUCAUCUUGGAAUGUUUGGAGAGAAGAGCACCGUUGAGGACUUUCUGGCUUCCCGUGGGGAGGAGGUGAAGAAAGGUCAUUCUGAUACACUGAACCUGACUCUUGAAGAUCUGGCUGGAAAGGAUUUAGCUGCAAAGAUAGUCGACAACGAAGCUUCAACUUCAGCCAGUUAGAAUCGUGCUUAAUAUAAGUUCUCAUUUUAAGCAUUCUCUAGUUAUGUCGAAAAUCUUUCCUCAAAAAAAAAAAAUAGUUAUGUCAAAAAUCUGUGGACCGUAUUGCAAUUUCAAUUUGGAAUCGCAAGCACUUGUGUAGGGAUCUUAUAACCUAAGGAAUUUGCAGAAACUUUCACUCGGUUUCCUUUUCUCUUGGUACUUAAUUUUCUGUCAUGCUAUUCUUUCAGUCUAAUUUUCUGUCAUGCUAUUCUUUCAGUCUCAGUCUUCAGCUUUCACUCGGUUUCCUUUUCUCUUGAUACUUAAUUUUCUGUCAUGCUAUUACUUUCAGUCUCAGUCUUCAGCUUAUGCA